AUGUCGCGCCGGGUCCUGCUGCGGGAGGUGCAGGCGCUCACGUUCCACCGAGGGCAGCACACGGCGUCCCGGCGCGCGGCCGCCGUCCCGCAGCUGCAGUGCACGGGGGGCUCUGCCGGGUGCUCCCGUGUGCCCGACGUGGUCCAGUGUUACAACAAAGGCUGGGAUGGCUACGACGUACAGUGGCAGUGCAAAGCAGACUUGGAAAAAGCCUACAGGUUUGGGCAGAUUGAAGUGAGCUGUGAAGGCUACGAUUAUCCGGAUGAUCCUUACAUCUUGAGAGGCUCCUGUGGUUUGCUGUUCAGGCUAGAGCUGACUGAGGAAGGUGAAAGGAGAAUGAAGAGCUCGGGAAGUUUCGGCUCUGGCUAUUAUCAGUCAACGAAGGAUUCUUCUGGUUGUGGAACAGGAGCAAUUAUUUUAAUCAUUCUUCUAGUUCUUGUUUUUGGAGCACAAAAGCUCUUCCCCGGUAACCAGCAGCUUCAGGAGACUUUGUGUAGCAGUGACGGAUCUCCUGGGCCUUCCUGGCAGAGUCAGCAGGCACCUCCUCCUCCUGGUUUUAAAUCCAGCUUCACAGGAGGUGACAGCUUUGGGACACAUUCCAGUCAAGGAACCAAUUCAGGGCCAGGAUUUUGGACUGGAUUAGGAGCAGGAGGCUUGCUGGGCUACUUGGCUGGCAGUCACAGAGCACAGCCGCGUUCCCAAUAUUAUGGUAUGUGGACAGAUCCUACAGCUGCACCUCCAAUGAAUGAGCAGUCAAGCAAUUCCACUCAAAGUGACAGUUCAGGAACAAGAACUGCUUCUGGCUUUGGGGGCACCAAACGAAGAUGA